GGCAACCCUCCACUCCAAAGUGCGUAGCCCCUGAAUUGGGACACAGCUUAAGUGAAACCGAAAGCAGUCGUAUCAGACAAUACAGACGCCAUUUCGCAAGAUACAGAAAUCAUCAGUCGCUUCACAUAUGCCAGCCUUAAAUCAAGUCUCACAUCAGGGAGGAAGUAAAGGAGCAAACUGUAAAAUGAGUGUAAGUGAGAAGAGAGAGGAGGAGGCGUCUGUUCACAUUCAGAGAGCAGCAUCUCCAGUAUCCAGCUGUGUGUCUAUGAAGAGUUACAACUCUAUACGUGACCCCCCUAUGUUCAGUGAUGGACCAUCUUCAGGAUUCAGCUGUGUGUCCAUGAAGAGUAACAACUCUAUACGUGACCCCCCUAUGUUCAGUGAUGGACCAUCUUCAGGAUUCAGCUGUGUGUCCAUGAAGAGUAACAACUCUAUACGUGACCCCCCUAUGUUCAGUGAUGGACCAUCUUCAGGAUUCAGCUGUGUGUCCAUGAAGAGUAACAACUCUAUACGUGACCCCCCUAUGUUCAGUGAUGGACCAUCUUCAGGAUUCAGCUGUGUGUCCAUGAAGAGUAACAACUCAAUACGUGACCCCCCUAUGUUCAGUGAUGGACCAUCUUCAGGAUUCAGCUGUGUGUCCAUGAAGAGUAACAACUCAAUACGUGACCCCCCUAUGUUCAGUGAUGGACCAUCUUCAGGAUUCAGCUGUGUGUCCAUGAAGAGUAACAACUCUAUACGUGACCCCCCUAUGUUCAGUGAUGGACCAUCUUCAGGAUUCAGCUGUGUGUCCAUGAAGAGUAACAACUCAAUACGUGACCCCCCUAUGUUCAGUGAUGGACCAUCUUCAGGAUUCAGCUGUGUGUCCAUGAAGAGUAACAACUCAAUACGUGACCCCCCUAUGUUCAGUGAUGGACCAUCUUCAGGAUUCAGCUGUGUGUCCAUGAAGAGUAACAACUCAAUACGUGACCCCCCUAUGUUCAGUGAUGGACCAUCUUCAGGAUUCAGCUGUGUGUCCAUGAAGAGUAACAACUCAAUACGUGACCCCCCUAUGUUCAGUGAUGGACCAUCUUCAGGAUUCAGCUGUGUGUCCAUGAAGAGUAACAACUCAAUACGUGACCCCCCUAUGUUCAGUGAUGGACCAUCUUCAGGAUUCAGCUGUGUGUCCAUGAAGAGUAACAACUCAAUACGUGAGCUCCCUAUGUUCAUUGAUGGACCUGCUGUGACCUCUGAACCUGUUAUCAUCAGCAGGAAGAGAAAGAGAGCAGCUUCUCCAGCAUUCAACAGUUUGUUCAUGAAGAGUAACAGAUCCAUGCAUGAGACCCAAAAAUUCAGUGAUGGAGCAGUGACCUUUGACCCUGUUGGUGGGAGAGCUGACCAGAUCAGAGAUGUGUCCUGUCAGACCAGCACAUCCUCCUCCUGUCAGAAACACAUCAGUCAUCAUGACACAGAAGCAGCCCUGCAGCUCCAUUCUCACCAACCAGUGCAUGAAGAUCUUCAGAGAGUCAAAGACCUGCACAAAACCAGCAUGAAGAAAAGAUAUGAGAGCGUAUUUGAGGGAGUCAAACUACAAGAGCAUCAGACCCUCCUGAACAGGAUUUACACACAGUUGUACAUCAUAGAGGGAGAGAGUGAAGGAGUGAAUAAAGAACAUGAGGUGCUACAGAUGGAGAAAAGUUACAAGACACUCCAAGACACGCCAAUCAACUGCAAUGACAUCUUUGAUCCUUCACCUGAACCAGGAUAUGAGGAGAAGAGAAGAGAGAAGAAAGACAAAAUCAAGACUGUUCUUACUAAAGGCAUCGCUGGAAUUGGAAAAACCGUCUCUGUGCAGAAGUUCAUUCUGGACUGGGCCGAGGGAAAAGCCAAUCAGGAUGUAGAUUUCAUAUUUAUGCUUCCAUUUAGAGAGAUUAACUUAAUUAAAGAUCACCAGUACAGUCUUCACAGACUUCUGCUGGACUUUCAUCCUGAACUUCAACAUCUGGACUCAAAGAUGUAUGAUGAAUUUACAGUUGUGUUCAUCUUUGAUGGUCUGGAUGAAAGCAGAAAUACGUUGAUGUUUUCAGACGGUGAGAAAGUUUCAGAUGUGACUGAGACUUCAUCAGUGGGUGUGUUGAUGUCAAACCUCAUGAAAGGAGAUCUGCUUCCCUCUGCUCUCAUCUGGAUCACCACCAGACCAGCAGCAGCCAAUCAGAUCCCCUCUAACUACAUCAACCGUGUGACAGAAAUUCAGGGAUUCAACGACCCUCAGAAGGAGGAAUAUUUCAGGAAGAGAAUCAGUGAUGAGCAUCAAGUCAGCAGAAUCAUCUCACACAUCAGAAGAGCAAGAAGUCUCCACAUCAUGUGCCACAUACCUGUCUUCUGCUGGAUCUCAGCCACUGUGCUUCAAAACAUCCUGAAACAAGAUCUCAGUGCAGAAAUCCCUCAAACUCUGACUGAAAUGUACAUACACUUCCUCCUCAUUCAAACAAGUAUGAGGAACCAGAAGUAUGAAGAGAGAGAUCCAGAGAAACUCCUGCAGUCCAACAGAGACGUGAUUGUGAAACUUGCUGAACUGGCUUUCAAUCAGCUGAUGAAGGGCAAUGUGAUGUUCUAUGAGGAGGACCUGAGAGAGAGCGGCAUAGACGUCACUGAUGCCUCAGUGUAUUCUGGGAUUUGCACUGAGAUCUUUAGGGAGGAAUCUGUGAUUUAUCACAGGAAGGUUUACAGCUUUGUACAUCUGAGCUUUCAGGAGUUUUUUGCAGCACUGUAUGUGUUUUUCUGCUAUUUACACAAAAACAGUGAAGUUCUGAAAAUGUUCCUGACAGGAAAGUUCAGAACUCAGUGUGAGAAUGUUUCUCUGGAUGUGUUUCUGAAGGGAGUAAUGAAUAAAGCCUUGAGGAGUAAAACUGGACAUCUGGAUCUUUUCCUUCGAUUCCUUCAUGGCAUCUCACUGGAGUCCAAUCAGAGAGUCUUACAGGAUGUGCUGAUUCACACAGAGAACAACCCAGAGAGAAUCAAGAAAAUAAUCCACAACCUCAAACGAGGUCAAAAAAACAAUGUCAGUCCUGAAAGAUGGAUGAAUCUGACACACUGCUUGAUUGAGAUGAAGAAUAAUUCUGUUGUUGAAGAAAUGCAGGCAUUUUUAAAAUCUGGAUCAAAAGAGAAAAACCUUUCUCUUGCACAAUGUUCAACUUUAGCAAACAUGAUCCUGAUGUCAGAGGAGGUGAUGGAUGAGUUUGACCUUAAAAAGUACAACAUCAUAUCAUCACAAGAGGGUCGAAGGAUACUUUUAACUGCUCUGAGGAACUGCAGAAAAGCUCUAUUAACAGCCUGUGAUCUCACUGAUCAGCACUGUGAAGUUGUGGCUUCAGCUCUACAAUCAUCAAACUCCUCCCUGAGAGAGCUGGACCUGAGUAACAAUCGCCUGCAGGAUUCAAACCUGAAGCUGCUCUCUGCUGGACUGAAGAGUCCAAACUGUCGACUCAACAUACUGAGAUUAUCUCAGUGUUUGGUGACAGAAGAAGGUUGUGCUGCUCUGGCAUCAGCUCUGAGUUCAAACCCUUCACACCUGAGAGAGCUGGACCUGAGCUACAAUCACCUACGAGAUUCAGGACUGAAGCUGCUUUCUGAAGCACUCAACCAUCUGGAAAAACUCAAGUUAACAGCCUGUGAUCUCACAGAUCAGAACUGUGAAAUUGUGGCUUCGGCUCUGAAAUCAUCAAACUCCCCCCUGAGAGAGCUGGACCUGAGUAACAAUGACCUGCAGGAUUUGGGAGUAAAGCUGCUCUGUACUGGACUGAAAAGUUCAAACUGUCAACUCAACAUAUUGAGAUUAUCUCAGUGUUUGGUGACAGAAGAAGGUUGUGCUGCUCUGGCAUCAGCUCUGAGUUCAAACCCUUCACACCUGAGAGAGCUGGACCUGAGCUACAAUCACCUACGAGAUUCAGGACUGAAGCUGCUUUCUGAAGCACUCAACCAUCUGGAAAAACUCAAGUUAACAGCCUGUGAUCUCACAGAUCAGAACUGUGAAAUUGUGGCUUCGGCUCUGAAAUCAUCAAACUCCCCCCUGAGAGAGCUGGACCUGAGUAACAAUGACCUGCAGGAUUUGGGAGUAAAGCUGCUCUGUACUGGACUGAAAAGUUCAAACUGUCAACUCAACAUAUUGAGAUUAUCUCACUGUUUGGUGACAGAAGAAGGUUGUGCUGCUCUGGUAUCAGCUCUGAGUUCAAACCCUUCACACCUGAGAGAGCUGGACCUGAGCUACAAUCACCCAGGAGAAUCAGGACUGAAGCUGCUUUCUGAAGCACUCAACCAUCUGGACAAACUCAAUGUGGAUCACGGAGGAGAGUUCAUGAUGACAUCAAGACUACACAAAUACGCCUGUGAUCUCACACUGGAUCCAAACACAGCACACCCUCGACUCGUUCUGUCUGAGGAGAACAGGAAGGUGACGCGUGUGGGACAGAAUCAGUCGUAUCCUGAUCAUCCAGAGAGAUUUGAUGUGUAUAAUCAGGUUCUGUGUGGAGAGACUCUGACUGGACGCUGUUACUGGGAGGCUGAAUGGAGUGGAGGUGCUGUAAUAUCAGUGGCUUAUAAAGGAAUCAAGAGGAAAGGAGGGAUUAAGUGUUUGUUUGGACGUAAUGAGAAGUCCUGGAGUCUGUUCUGCUCUGAUCACGGAUUCACUGUCUGUCACAAUUGGAAGGAAACUGUCGUAUCUUCUGCUCGUUCAGUCAGUAAGAGAGCAGGAGUGUUUGUGGACGUGUCGGCCGGCACUCUGUCCUUCUACAGCGUCUCUGACACACACACACUCACACACUUACACACAUUCACACACACAUUCACUGAUGAACCCCUCUGUGCUGGAUUUAAACUUUAUAAUGUUAACUCUUCAGUGUCUCUGUGUGACAUUAAACAACACACACACUGACUGACUAACAGACACACACACACACACACACACACUAAUAUUUUAACUAUUAAUAUAAGUUUAAACUGCUCAAAUACUUUGUGUAACUGAAUUGAUUGAAAUUAAACCUGAAAACAUCAAUUUAACUCAAAUCUCUUUAAUUUAAUUUUAAAACACACUGAACUUGUUUCGGUUGUGAAGGACGAGGAGGAGCAAGAAUCCAGUUUCAGCAGUUUAUUUUCAAACACAAACAAAGAUGAUCCACACUGAAAUUCCAGACAAAAUCCAAAGACUGGGAGAAGGACAGGGUUCAAUGGGAACAAACCAGGAUCUAGUUACAGUCACAGAAACACAGAAACUCUUUAAAUAAAUCAACAUCAGUGUUUUCUGCUCAUCCUCCACAGAAACACAGACUCGACUCUUCACUGCUGACACACAAAACUCAGACAACAAACGUUUGAUGAGGCGUUCAUGACUUUAAUUUGAGUUGAUCCUUUGAUCAAUGUUGUAAACGUCUCUGUCUCCUCUUGUUUGAGUGAUAAAUAAAAGAAUCUCAUCUUCUGUCA